GCUGACGUGACGGCGGAGUGGCGCGCAGCUCUUAUCGGCGUCACAGCAUCUAUCGGAGGCAGAGGGAGAGGCAGGGAGAGCUCCGGUACCCUGAGCGGCUGGCAGCGGGAGGCAUCCGGUUCAACCGAACAAACCCGGGAUACCGAGGGGCGGGAAUCAUGGGAAAUAGUCCAGGGCAUAUCUGGAACAGCAGCCACGGAGAAAACACGUCGUCUGUCGACGCGGAACGGGGACUAUAAGCACUGACGUUUAAAGAUAAGAAGAAAGGAGCACAAACAGUCGGGCUGCUCUCUCUCCAUCUCCUCCAUUUUGGUUGUCAGUGAUGGAGCACAUUCCGACGCCCAAGGUGGAAAACGUGCGUCUCCUGGACCGGUCGUCGGGCCAGAGAAAGGCCAGCACUGGGACCCUCUACCUUUCUGCCACACACACCAUCUUCGUAGAGAACAACCCCGAGACACGCAAGGAGACAUGGGUGCUGCACAGCAUGGUGAGCAGUGUGGAGAGGCCACCAACCAUUCCUGCUGGAAGUCAGCUGAUCCUGCGCUGUAAGGACUUUCGGGUCUUCCAGAUCCUCAUCCCGCAAGAGAGAGACUGUUUGGACGUCCACGCCUCAUUGGUCAGGUUGUCACGACCAGUGAAAUACAGUGAGCUGUACUGCCUGUCCUUCAACCCCAAUGUGAACAAAGAGGAGAGAGAAGAGUCAUGGAGCUUCAUAGACCUCAUGGCCGACUACAAGAGGAUGGGGGUUCCUAAUAACCUGUGGGUCACUACAGCGGCCAACAGUGAAUACAGGGUGUGUGAUACAUACCCGUCAGAGCUGUUUGUUCCAAAAUCAGCCACUCCUGCCAUCAUCGUGGGCAGCUCAAGGUUCAGGAGUCGAGGACGAUUUCCCGCUCUGUCCUAUUUCCACCAGGACACACUGGCAGCUGUGUGCCGGUGCAGUCAGCCUCUGUCGGGCUUCAGCGGACGCUGUCAGGAAGACGAGAUGAUGCUGCAGGCUGUGAUGAAGUCCAACCCUGGCAGUGACUACAUCUAUGUGGUGGACACCAGGCCCAAGCUGAAUGCCAUGGCAAACCGAGCAGCGGGUAAAGGCUACGAGAACGAGGACCACUACAGCAACAUCAAGCUGCAGUUCAUCGGCAUCGAAAACAUUCAUGUAAUGAGGAGCAGCCAGCAGAAAAUCAUCGACGUGGGUGAGAUGAGAGCUCCGUCCAUGACUGACUUCCUGUGGGGUCUGGAGAACUCUGGUUGGCUCAAACACAUUAAAGCCAUACUGGAUGCUGGAGUGUUCAUAUCGAGGGCAGUUGCUGAUGAAGGGGUCAGUGUGUUGGUUCACUGUUCAGACGGCUGGGACAGGACAGCGCAGGCCUGCUCUGUAGCCAGUAUACUGUUGGACCCGUUCUACAGAACCACCAAAGGACUCAUGGUGCUGAUAGAGAGAGACUGGGUUUCCUUUGGACACAAGUUCUCCCACAGGUACGCUCACCUGGAUGGAGAUCCUAAGGAGGUGUCUCCCGUCAUUGAUCAGUUCCUGGAGUGUGUGUGGCAGCUGUCCGAGCAGUUCCCGUGUGCCUUCGAGUUCAACGAGCGCUUCCUCAUCGCCGUACACACACACGUUUACUCCUGUCAUUUUGGAAACUUCCUGGGCAACUGUCAGAAGGAACGCAGGGAUAUGAGGCUUCACGAGCGGAGUCACUCUGUAUGGCCUCAGCUGUGGAAGGACAGAGCCGAGUACGCCAACCCUCUGUACAAGGCCGAGCUGAGCCAGACUCAGGGUGUCCUGAGACCCAACACCACCCCCUACUGCUUCAAAAUGUGGAAGGGUCUCUAUAACCACGUGGAGAAAUCGACGCCUCCUCGCCAGUCACCUGCUGACUUCCUGUCUGCCGUGAGGGAGGAAACCCAGCAGCUGGAGGAGGAGCUGACCAAUCACCAGGAGAGGAUCGCAGCUCUGACCGGGAGGCCAAUCACAUGGGAGAAGAUCGAGGUUCCGAGGAGGAGGACUAGCCGCCUGCGGCAGAGACACUGUGGGCCGGACCCGCCCACCACUUACACAGACCCAAUCACCAGCCCUGUACAGGACAACGGCCACGCACUAGCCUCCGAAACAGCCAAUCAGAAGGCUCAGACCAAGGACCCCGCCCUCACCCUGCCUCUGGGGCCGCACGGCCACCUCAAGAGCCACGACCCCGAUGACCUCUCCACCUGCAGCGACCUGGAGUCAGGCGUGGCUGACCUCAGCAGCCGCUCGUCCAGUGGCGGGGACGACAGGAAGGACCCGGACUCAGACGAGGCUGCCUUUAUCACUGCCUGACUGUUAAAAGGAAAUCCUGGCGGCAGGCUGGGAGGCCAAAGAGGAUCCCAGUAACAAACCAGUACAUCCCCGAAUAUUUAUUAAGCACGUGGAGGGAGGUAAAGAUGUGUGGCAGUGUCAGCACCAACACGAAGGCACUGAAAGAUGUUUUUUUAAAUCUCAUGUUUUGUUUGUCUGUUUUUUUAUACGCGGGUUCACUUCCUGUCACGUGUACUGUGUUUAAAGAACGCUCUGUUGCUGCUGCGAGGCGGACCAAUGUGAAACCAGCUGGCUGACAUACGACAGCUCUGCAAUGAACAAACACACACUAAACAAACCUGAACAUGGCUUCAUGUUCAUCAUAUUAGAUAACCUCAGCGUGGUGGAAGAUGAACUGAUGCUUCACUGACAUCCAGUCUUCCUUCUGCAGUGUAACAUAAUAGGAAUUAUGAUGCUAGUGGUAGAGUUUUUCUUUUUCGGAGCAGCAGACAUGCUCGUAAACUGAUUGCCCCCUGGAGAUGUAACAUGACAGUCUGGAGCAGCUCAAGUGAAGAACUCAAUAAUAUGAUACAUACAUAAUUAGAAGCUGAUUCAGUCACAUGACCGUGGAUUGAGGAGCAGAUGUAAAUUACGGAGUAGCUGCUCGGGUAGAAUGUUCUGUUCUGUAGUCUGAACACUGGAGGGACAAUAAGCCCACAAACUAAUCCAGCUCAGUCUCUUCCCUGAUCUGAACCCACACCAAGCCUUGUCUUCACUUCCACUCCAGUCUUAAAUGAUUUCUCCCUUCGUGACUCAGAAGCCACGUCACACCAACACAAACCCGCCACUAGAGGUCAGUAUUUAGGUUUUAGAGUUUAGAACUUCAGAGAGAUUAUCAAACUGUGGGAGAGAGUACGUCACACAGUCACUGGACACAGUAGAUAUGACUCGACAAGAACAAAAUGUGAACAAAAAUAUGAACAUUUACAACAAAUGCUGAAGUUGCAGUGUUUUAUUUCUGUCUUUGUGUGCAAUAUAUGAUUUUAAAGACACUUGGACUGUGUGACGCUCUGUCAACACUGCACACACUAACUGAACCCUUCAGACCACGCAGGCGUGAGAUCCAGUGACGUCUGUCAAAUAACUGAAGUUCUACAUGUCGCCAUGUUUGUCUGAAGCUUGUGUUCUCUCAGGUCACCUGAUCACAGACUUAGAUGAGUUCCCAACAGUUAGUUAGUUUAAGGGAAAAAAACAAGCAUUCAUGAACAUUUCCUUUUGUUGAAUUCAUCAAAAUGAAGUUUAGACCUGUUACGUUUCGAUGUAAACACUGUAAACACACGGCUGCUGUGGCUGUGUGUGCAGUACUGUAAAGAAAGUGACCGGUUGGUGUGCACCACCUGCAGAAAUGAAGAAAGAAGGUGACCAAAUAUUUUAGCACACACACUCUCAUGUGACUUAACUUUUUAACUUUCAGACCCCCAAGUCAAGAAAAAAAAAGAGCAAACAGAUGUGGCCCUCUUCCUGUCCUUGGUAUAUUUGAAGAAGUUUUAAAGCUGUAGAGCAGUUUGGCUCCUCCACCCGCUCACCACCCAGAGACUGCUCCAGGUGUGUGACACUGACUGAACCUCCUCUCCAUCUCAACUUGUACAUUUCACUGUAGCCUGUGAUGUGUGUGUGUGUGUGUGUUCUGUAUCCACUGAUGUGAAUGAUGUAUCAAUAAAUGCACUGUUAAAGGGAAACGUUGAGCACUGGCUCUGACAUUAAAUGUGACAUCAUCAGAGAGCACUCAUGGUCUGUUUAUUACAUUUACAUCCUUCCAUUUAUCAUACAUCAACACAAUUAUAGACUCAGCUGAUAAGAAGACAUGUCAGUACAGAAGACGUGUGUGCAGCUGUGCUUUGUUUCUGUUGUGCAGCUUAGCUAAGAAACUACAAUCAUCAUCAGCCUCCAGUCCAGUGUGAGGAGUUCAUGUGCAAAAAACAUAAAAUCAUUAAAUAAACAUUUGAUUGAUGAGUGAUGAGAUUUAAAAAAAAAAAAAAA